AUGUCCCUACUCGCACAGCUUCGCGCUCAAAGCACCCCGUCUCCCUUCUUCCUCGUUCGCAAGGAUGCGAGUACAACAUCAAUCGCAUAUACUAGAAUCCAACGGAACGCUCUUCAUGUUAUACAACCCCAGUACACCUCAUUUCUUCUCACGGUGAACUUCCUAACUCACUACCACCAACAGAACACCGUCGCUCUCAUCGACCCCUCUGCCGACCCUCAGAACCCAAGCGGGCCAAUCCGCAACCACCUCGCAUCCUUCCAUGCACUUUACCCUGCCAAGACCUCUAUCCACGUUCUCGCUAGCGUGACUCCGAACCAACCUGCGAAUGGACGAGCCGCUUUGGAGUGUCCAAGGUUGAUCCAUCGCCGUCGGAUGGGAGAAAUGCUUACAGGAGGAGCUUGGUCGCGUUGCGAAUCUAGCGCAUAUGGUGGAUCCUACCAGAAACUUCAAGCUCAUGCGAAGGAGAUUCCGAAGAUUUCAGCGACGACAUACCUCCUCCUUGGCGGGCGUGCUUGGAUGCUACAUCGUCGACUCCGCCACGCCGCAUUCUUCAACUCCCUCCGACAACCCCUCUUUGAGUUUGAGCACUGCCUAGCAUAUAGCAAACCCAAAGCCGAAGACGCAGCUGCUGGAUUGAAAAAGAUAUACCCCCACAAUUUUUGGCAACUCUUUCGCAUCAACUUUCCCACUUACGACCACGGCACAGCACAUCAUCGACCUCUCCACCAAUCCCCCAAUCAAUCCCGGCUGGCCUCUCCCCAACCUUCACGCAUGCCCUUGUUUCCUGCAUUCCAAUCCAGGCCGUCGUCCACGUUCUGCUGGUGCGAUUUCGAACUUUCAAUUGCCGAAUGGAAGAACCGCUUUGGAGUCGUUCAAGUUAAAGAUGACAUCGUAGAAGGUCGACCAAGCGCCGUCGGGAUGGGAUCAGAACCUACGAUGAAAGCUCGAUUGCUGUGUUGCGGAUUUUGCGCCUUUGAUAGAUCUUGCCCCGUUGGCCGUUGA